CUCCCUCCCUCUCUCCCUUCCCUCGCCUCCUCCUCCUCCCCUUAUCGCCCCAUGUGUUGUGCGAGGAAGCAGCUUUGCUAAAGAGACCCACUUGCGAAAGAAACGGGAGCAGCAUAAGGCAGCGGCAAGCGGCGGCGGCAGCAGCAGCAGCAGGAGCAGGAGGCGGCGGCUGCGAGCGAGCGAGCGAGCGAGCCGGAGUAGCCUCGGCAGCAAAGGAGGAGGGGAGGAAAAAAAAAAAAGAACGAACGAACAAACGAACGAAAGAAAGAAAGAAACGGGGGAAGAAAGAAGCGAGGAAGGAAAGAAAGAAAGAGCUGGGCGAAAGAAGAAGAGCGAGGCACGCCGAGAGAGAGAGGGACGCACCACCGAGGAACCAGGGGGGAACCCGAACCCCCCAAAGGCUCCCUUAGCCUAUUUCGCGUGUGUGCGUGUCUCGUGUGUGCGCGCGCGUCCCGUGUGUGCUUUUUUUGUUUGUUUUCUUUGGCCAGGGCUUUUUCUUUUCUUUUUCUUUUCCCUCCCCCCCUCCCUCCUUCCCUCCCUCCCGUCCUCCUCCUCUCUUCUCCCUCCCUGCCUCCCUGGUUGAUGUUUCUACAGCUUCGCCAAACUCCGAGCGGGGCAUCCGAUCCCAGCACUCCCACCGGCGGCAGCAGCGGGAGGAGGCGGCGGCGCAGCAAGGACGGGGCUCCGGAGCGCCGCGCCGAGCGUGGGAUCUUCUGCCGCGGCGCCUUUCGCUCUUCUCCUCCACCGGCCGCGCGCCGGAGUUGCUGCUGCUGCUGCUGCCGCCUCCGCCGCUGCUGCUGCGAGCUUUCCCCCCUCUCUGGCUUUCGAUGGCUUUCCUGAAUGGCUGACUGCGGGCUUCUCUGGAUCUGGCCCCCAGACACCAGCCUCUCCUCCUGCAACUCUGCUCGGCUCCCCGAGAGAGAGGGAGGGGGGCACCUCUGAAGAGAAUCGCCUCUCUCUCUCUCUCUCUCUCUCUCUCUCUCUCCCUCCUCUCUUCCUCUUUUGUAUUUUUGUUGUACUUUUCUCCUUUAUUCAUUUGCUACCAGACAAUCGCCUCCCACCUCUUUGCUCUGUUUCCCCCUUCCUCGUCCCCUUUCUUCUUUCUUCCUCUCUCUCUCUCUUUCCUCGUUCUUGCUCUACUUUUCUUCCCCUCCCCACCCCACUUUGGUGACCCGCAUUGCUGACUUUAUUUUGGGGGACUGCCCAGCAAGGAAAAAGUGGGGCGCAAGCAAGCAAAGGAAAAAAAAGGACAUUAAAUUAAUUUAAAAAGAAAGGACCAGAGGAGGGUAGAAGAGAAGAAGAAAAAGAAGGGAAACCGCACACAAGCCGAACAACUUCCACAAAAAAGGGAAAAAAGAAGGGGGGAACAAAAACUCGCCAACGCGAACUGGGGAGGACAGCAAAAGAAAGAGAAAACAAAUAAAAACAAAGGUGGACUAAAUUAUAUAUUUAUAUCUAUCUAUAUCUAGACAGAGAGAUAAAUAGGUCUCUCUCGCAAGGACGCUUCCUAGCUGAAGAGCUGCGGGCUCAGCCCUCGGAAGAAGCGGAUCCGCUGGCAACCGAAAGCUACGGGGGGCGAGCAAUUUGGCCAAGGUGUCCCAUAGAUAUGGCAAUGGUAGUUGGCACGUGGCGAGACCCGCAGGACGAUGUGGCCGGCCCGCAAGGAACGCAGCCUUCGCAAGCGCCCCCUGUGCCGGGACCCCCGACGGGCGCCCCGCACACCCCGCAGACGCCGGGCCAAGGGGGCCCUCCCAGCACGCCCGCGCAGACCAACCAAGGCAGCCAGCAGAGCCAGGGCGAGAAGCAGCAACAGCAGCAGCACAUCGAGUGCGUGGUGUGCGGGGACAAGUCCAGCGGCAAGCACUACGGGCAAUUCACGUGUGAAGGCUGCAAGAGUUUCUUCAAGCGCAGCGUCCGCAGGAACCUCAGCUACACGUGCCGCGCCAACCGGAACUGUCCCAUUGACCAACAUCACCGCAACCAGUGCCAAUAUUGUCGCCUCAAAAAAUGCCUCAAGGUUGGAAUGAGACGGGAAGUUUCUUCCUUAUUUACUGCAGCCGUCCAGAGGGGCAGAAUGCCACCUACUCAGCCGACCCACGGCCAGUUCGCCUUAACCAACGGAGACCCCCUGAACUGCCACUCGUACCUCUCCGGAUAUAUCUCCCUGUUGCUGAGGGCAGAGCCUUACCCGACCUCGCGCUUCGGCAGCCAGUGCAUGCAACCCAACAACAUUAUGGGCAUCGAGAACAUUUGCGAGCUGGCGGCUCGGAUGCUUUUCAGCGCCGUCGAGUGGGCCCGGAAUAUCCCCUUUUUCCCCGACCUCCAGAUCACCGACCAGGUGGCCUUGCUGAGGUUAACCUGGAGUGAGUUGUUUGUCCUCAACGCGGCCCAGUGCUCCAUGCCCCUCCACGUCGCCCCGCUCCUGGCUGCCGCCGGCCUGCACGCCUCGCCCAUGUCCGCCGACCGAGUUGUAGCCUUUAUGGACCACAUACGAAUCUUCCAGGAACAGGUCGAGAAACUUAAGGCCUUACACGUGGAUUCGGCGGAAUACAGCUGCUUGAAGGCCAUCGUCCUUUUCACCUCAGAUGCGUGUGGUCUCUCCGACGUAGCCCACGUUGAAAGUUUACAAGAGAAGUCCCAGUGUGCGUUGGAAGAGUACGUAAGGAGUCAAUAUCCGAACCAGCCUACGCGAUUUGGAAAACUGUUGUUACGCCUCCCAUCUCUCCGCACCGUCUCUUCCUCAGUCAUAGAGCAAUUGUUUUUCGUCCGUUUGGUAGGUAAAACCCCCAUAGAAACCCUUAUCAGGGAUAUGUUACUGUCUGGAAGCAGUUUUAACUGGCCUUAUAUGGCCAUUCAAUAAGGGGAAAAAAUGUUGGAGAGAGGAAAAAAACAAACCCACAGAUGAGAGAAUUUGAAAAAAAAUAAAAUUGGAAAUUUUGGAACGGAGGAUUUUUGCGAGUGACUUUGGGGUCUGGCGGUUGUUUUAAACGUCCUUCAGCUAAGCAAGGAUGUUGCAUCUUGGCUAAAAAUGAAGAGAGAAUAAUUGGAAUGGACUGAAUACUAAUUAAAAAAAAAAAGACUUGUGAUAUGAACUUUUUACAGACUGAAUUAAGAAUUCCCCUGUUGUCCAGAAGUUGCUACAUCUCUCUCUCUCUCUCUCUCUCUCUCUCUCUCUCUCUCUCUCUCUCUCUCGUUGUUUUUUUAAAAGAAAAGGGGAAAGGAAUUUUUUUUCUUUUUUUCUUUUCUCUGGGGUGUUUAACUUGAAACACAAUCUCUUGCUAAAAGUGCAUUUAAAAGAAAUCUGGAGAAAAUUAAUGGAAUGGAAACAAGUCUCUCUCUCUCUCUCUCUCUCUCUCUCUCUCUCUCUCUCUCUCUCUCUCUGUCUCUCUCUUUUCCAAAUUAUUAAUUUGUCCUAUGUUGUCUGUGUACCUAUAGGGUUUUGUUUGGGUUUUUUUUGUAUUUUUUCUGGUUCCAAACCAGUUUAUUCUGUGGUUCUAUAAUAAUUUUGAUAUAAUCUUGCCUUCAUUUUAAAAAAAACCAACUACAACUGUGUAUCCUUUUUAAAAAAAGUUCUGAAAGAAUUAAAACUGUCUCAGAAAGGUUUAUGAGAAGAACAUAAAGAGAAGGAAAAAAAAUUCCCCACAAUAGUAGGAAAGAUGGAAGCGCACUUACAACUAGUCAGCCAAAAUUUAGCUCCAAGCUACGACAGCUAUAAUUAUUGAGAUCGAAUAAAAGAGAACCACAACUAUUCCCCUACCCGCAAGCCCACCUUCCCUUGACUAGGUUUUUAUAUAUAUAUAUCUAUUUUAAAGACAAAACAUGAAUUUUGGAAGGGAAUGCGUAUUUCUUGGAGGGAGAAGGAAUUGUGUCUAAGACACAACACAGUUUUGAUGAAAACACACAUACACACACGCACACAAAACCACACAUAGGGUUUCAUCACAAAGUGAACUUUUUUGUAAUUUGAAUGAAAAUUGGGUUCCGCCUAGUUGUCCUAAAUUGUUAACAAGUUCCUCUAUCUGUUUGUAUAUUUGCAAGCUCUUUGUAUUAUAAUACUUGUUGAUAUUUUCCCUUUUUUUAAAGAAAAAAGAAAAAAACCAUUGAAUUCAGCAUGACAAAAAAAAAAUAACACUACUGUUGGCACUUAUAGAUAAUGUGGUUGAUUCAGUAUCUUAGAGUUUACAGUUUUUGUGUUUUAAAGAAAAAAAAGCUGAAGGGUUUUUUUUUUUAAGUGCAACAUUUCUGUAUACUGUAAAAGUUAUAAUAACUGAAAACUGUUUGGUCCAGUCUUUGUGUGUUAUAUUCCAAGGAAAAAUUGAAAGUAUUCAGAAAUUAAAAUAUUAUUUGAUAUCUGA